AUGGAAUAUCAACCAGUCCUCGUCAAAACUCAUCCACGUCCAUCUUCCUCAAAACACAACCCAGAAUCGAGGUAUUGGCGUCAAUUCAAACAUCCUGUUUUUGUGAAGGAGUAUGCGCCAAUUACCUCGAUUCACUUUUCUCCAUCAAAACCACACAGAUAUGCCGUGACCGCUGCCACAAGAGUUCAAAUCUACGCUCCCCGUACUCAAAGGAUCACCAAGACAAUCUCCCGUUUCAAGGACGUUGCUCGGAGCGCCAAUAUCCGUCAAGACGGCAAACUUGUCGUUGCAGGAGAUGACAGCGGCUUGGUGCAAGUUUUCGACAUCAAUUCUCGUGCAAUUCUUCGAACUCUGGAUGCACACAAACAACCAGUUCACUUAACUCGAUUCUCUCUUUUGGCACCUACACAAGUGUUGUCUUGCUCCGAUGACACGUCAGUAAAACUUUGGGAUAUACCCUCUCAAACGGCCAUCUCAACGUUCACGGAUCAUACCGACUACGUUCGCUGUGGCCAGGUAUCAACGUCUAAUCCUCAUAUCGUCUUAACUGGCUCUUACGAUGCCACCGUAAGGCUCUUUGACUCUCGGACGGGCCAGUGUGAGAUGACCAUGAGGGAACCUGAGUCAGCAGGGGACACAGUCAAAACGCCGGUUGAGCAAGUUUUAAUGUUCCCUUCUGGAACCGUCGCAAUCUCAUCUGCGGGCCCCAUCCUUCGCGCAUGGGAUAUGGUCGCAGGAGGCCGCUGUGUAAGGGCCCUAUCGAAUCACCAGAAGACCAUCACCGCGCUAGCGUUCAAUGGAUCCGCUAACCGUCUUCUGACGGGUAGUCUAGAUCAUAUGGUCAAAGUCUACGACGUCAGCACAUAUCAGGUCGUUCAUACUAUGCGAUACCCUGCCCCUAUUCUCUGUUUGGCUAUAUCACCCGACGAGACACAUUUAGCCGGAGGGAUGGCGGACGGCACCCUCUCAAUUCGAAGACGACAGCAUAAACCCGAAGAAGCGGAUGUGACUUUUAACUUAACCAAUUUUAUAGGUUAUGAAACGACGAAAACGAACGGAAUUGAGCACAAACCUUCUUGGGACAACGACGAACUACGGAUAGAGAGUCGGCGGAUGAAGCGCCUGAAAGAGUAUGACAAACUUUUGAAGGCAUUCAAAUACUCUGCCGCGUUGGACUCGGUUCUUCGAAAACAAGUUCCACCAACGAUAUCGUUUUCGCUUAUUCAUGAACUCAUUCAUCGAGAUGGGUUAAAGGCUGCCUUGGCAGGGCGUGACGACGUUUUAUUGGAACCUGUACUCAGACUCCUUCUGAAGUAUGCCACUGACCCGCGCUUUGGAGACAUUGUUUGCACAAUCGCCAGCAUUGUUAUCGAGAUGUAUCGACCAGUACUAGGACAAGCCCCGCUAAUCGAUAGCUUGUUUCUUCGGUUACGGAAAAAAGUCAUAGCAGAGAUCCGGUUCCAGAAUGAGUUAAUUAAAACCUCGGGGACGUUGGCUAUGAUAUUUUCCUCCACUCUGUUGGAUAGCAAAUUAUCCAACUCCUCCAUCCCAUGA